UUGAAUGUGCGCUCAUUGGCGGAGGUCAUCAUGCGAAGGCUUUUUAAUGUAUUCAUUAUUAUGGGAUUUCUAAUGGCCAUCCACACCCAUAUGACGUUUACCAAUAUAAAAUGUGGCACAAGAGACCCCAAGUUUGCGAGUUUCAAAAAAUGCUAUAUUAAGGCUGUAAACCGUACCCAUAAGUACGUGGAUGUGUAUGUAAAUAUGUAUAAAUUACCGGUAGAUAAUGUAACAGUUUCGUUUAAGUUUAUGCGUCAUGACCACGGCUAUAAACCAUUUUUCGUAGACUAUACCUUCGAUGGAUGCAAAUUCCUUAGAAAUCAAAAGCACCCGAUCCUAAAAAUUUUUUAUAAAAUUUACCAGGGAAGUUCCAACAUCAAUCACACAUGUCCGUUCGACCACGACCUAAUUGUGGAUCAUCUUUGGACCGGAAAUAUAGAAUCGGAUUUCAUGAACUACUUGCCAGUGAUAAAUGGCGACUAUGCCCUAUUUACCAAUUGGUCGUCUGAAAAUAUUAUUCGGGCUUAUGUGAACAUAUAUGUAAGAAUUACGGAUAGGCGUAACUAA